AGAGCACAGAAGCAACAGCACAGAGUGCGUCGAGCAAACAGUCAGAGAUGGAGGCAGAGCCGAGAGGAGCUGAGCUCAUGUGAAGCGGGGGCAGAGAAAAAGAAGGAGCGGGCGAGACAUGUCUGAUUCUGGGAAGUGAGCAUCUCCACAGCAACGCCAGGCUCCGCACACAGACACCAGCGUCAUGACAGCAGUCCUGCACUGAGCCUCUCCUCGGUGGGUUGGCAUGGCCCAGUGAUGAACGGAGCGGUGGUGCCCGGUAGCCCGGAGCUCUCCUCCUCGUGCCCACUGCCUGACUGGCGAGAGUUCUGCGAGCUUCACGCUCGAGCUUCUGCUGCGGACUUUGCUGACAAGUUCCAGCGUUUCCUCUCAGAAAACCCGUGCUACGACUCUCCUGGUGCGGACGUCAGUUUCUCUCAACACUUUGCUCAUCAUUUCCUGGAGUGUUUCUCUGCAGCUCUCACCCAGGCCCGGGAGAGUCAGGCCUGCUCACCGGGUGAGAACGGCUCCAACGCGGCACCAAAGUACAGCAUAGUUCCUUUCCUGGGCAUCCAGGGCUGCCCUCUGUCCUACGGUCACGACCUCUACCAGAGGCGCAAGGACGCUGGGGCUUCAAGCGAAUCCCUGGACAGUAUGGACAGUGGAGGGGGAGGGCUAGAUGCGGGAGGCGGUGGAGGCUCGGCCUCCAGAGGCCCUCAGCCAACCCAUAAGGUGUCCGCUCUGGGACAGUCUCGCAGCUCAGAGGACGUGUCCAUCAGUCACCCCAAGGCUCGCUUCAAGAAGGGCUUCUCACUGAGGAACAUGAGCCUGUGUGUGGUGGACGGGGUGAAGGAGAUGUGGCACCGACGAGCCUCCCCCGAACCGGACGCACCCUCCGGAGCCAGAAAGGUUAAUGGGGGCGGAGGUGGGGGAGUCGUAGGUGAGGCUGCAGCUGGAGAGAAAUGGUCCCAAAAACUGCGGCUGCCCAGGGGCCCCCAAAGCCACAAGUCAGAGCAGCUGGAGGUCCAGAGGGAGGGGGCGCUGAGGUACAUGGUGGCCGACGACACAAACUGUAUGGGAGCUGCUCAGUGGCAGAAGUGUCGCCUCCUGUUGAAGAAGAGCAAGAAGGAGGAAGGAGGCGAGAAGUUCCUGCUGGAGUUCUAUGUACCACCCAAGUCCUCCAAGCCCAAAGUGAGCAUCCCUCUGUCCGCCAUCGUGGAGGUGAGGACCACAAUGCCGCUGGAGAUGCCUGACAAGGACAACACCUUCGUUCUCAAGGUGGAAAAUGGCGGCGAGUACAUCCUGGAAACCAUAGACUCUCUGCAGAAAAACUCCUGGGUUGCCGACAUCCAGGACUGCACGGACCCGGGCGACAGCGGUGAUGACAUCGAGCUCGCGUCGUGUCCUCAUGGCCAGGCGUCCAAAGACUGCUCCAUGGUGGCCUCCUGCAGCUGUGAGCUGCUCUCAGAGGGUGUGUAUCGUGCUCCAGAGAGGUCGUGUCCCACUGCAGCAGAGCACUACACUGCUCCGUCAGUACGGUGCCGGGAACCACCCUUUACCCACCACCCGUCUCACAUGCCCUUAGAACGCUUCCUUCAGUCUUCUGAGGCCCAGGGCCCCACUUCCUGCGGGGGUGGCAGUGAAGGAGCCAAAGACUCAGACGGAGAUGCCAGUUUGGCCGGUUACCCAUGGUUCCACGGGACACUGUCCCGUGUGCGUGCAGCUCAGCUGGUACUCGCAGGCGGAGCCAGGAGCCACGGGCUCUUUGUGAUUCGUCAGAGUGAGACACGCCCCGGAGAAUAUGUCCUGACCUUCAACUUCCAGGGCAAAGCCAAGCAUCUGCGCUUGUCGGUGAAUGAGAACGGACAGUGCCACGUCCACCACUUGUGGUUCCACACGGUGUCUGACAUGUUGAGACACUUCCAUGCCCACCCGAUUCCUCUGGAGUCUGGGGGCUCCGCUGACAUCACGCUACGCUCCUAUGUGCAAGUGCAGCGCAGCUCCACCACAGAUGUGACAGUGCCUCCGGUCCCUACACCACCCAGGGAUGCAGGCUGCUGGACAGAUUCCACCCAGCCUGCCCUCCACCCUCCUGGGAUUACCACACCUGCAGGGCCUCCUCCUGAGGCCCCACUCUCCUCCAGCACGUCUUCAUCGCCCACCGCCCCUCCCCCUCUCUCCCGCAGCGACCCAGGUACUGGGGGAGGGUUACAGAGUCGGAGCAACAGCUCCGAGCGCCUUCUGGAGGCCUCUACUGGUGCGUCUGAGGAUUACCACGAUGCUGACGGAAACCGCAGGGCAAGAGCAGUGGAGAACCAGUAUUCAUUCUACUGAAGUGCUGAGGGCAGGGUUCAGUGGUGGGUGGUGAUGGGUGAUUGACAGACGUGGGAGGAUCCAAAUCCCCGCUCGUUUCAUUGUCGACUCUGAUGGUUUUGGUUUGAGGGAAUUUCCUGUUUGUUUAGAUAAGACAGAGUCAGGGAGGUGAAGUCAAGCUGCGUAUUUCCCUCCGGCUUUUUGUUUCCAAUUUUCUUAACAAGAACGUGAGUGAAGAGACUCAAAGAGAUCUACAUGAAAGGAAGGAGAACAGCGAAGGAGCAGGAGAUUAGACCAAGAUGUGGAAAAAUGGAAGAUAAGCGUAGGAGGAGAGAGCAGGAGGAAGUCAUCCAGUGAAAUCAUGUGGCUUUGAUUUACCUCCUCAAACCACUUCCUGCUUAACCUCAGUUCCCUUCAAAAAGAAACUGUCACUAACCCUCUGGAGGACUGAGGGUCUCUAAAUGACCCCGUAGACCUGGGCCCUCCUCUCUGUCCACAUCCAGAGAGCAUCCCAACUAUGUUUGUGAAGCUGCUUUGAGUCUGUCCCGGAUUUCCUCACCGCCCCUGUGGGAUUUCCCUCCCCAGUCCUCCUGUGGGUUUCUGCUCCACACUAACAUCAGUACAACAAUCAUGGGUGUGUUUGAACAAACAGUGUCCCAGUGCCUGACACUCACCUUGGACUUGAACGUCCAGUUGGUGAUUAUUUAACUGCAUCAAACGCCAAGGACGUGAACAUCUCUUCAUACAGCAAAGGUUUUUGUUCUCACUCUUUCAUCAGAGGCCGCAACAAACACACGGAGGCGUUCAGAUGUUGUUGAAAAUGAACAACACAAGGUUAGUUUGCACGGAAAUGGCAGAUGAGUGGCUUUCAUUGUCCUCCUGGUUUAUUCUUCUAAGGAUGUGUGGAGUCCAAAUGUUUUUUGUGUGUGCGCGUGUGUGUGUGUGCGCUACAGUGGGUUCUACAUCACUUUUUUCCCCAGGGUCCCUCCUUCUGGUGCUGGUCCUGUAUCCAAGCUCGUCCAAUCAGUGGCCUCUAGGUUUGAUCAGCUGUUACCGUAGGAGUCAGUAAUGAAGAUUCUGUUGAACCAGGUCCAGCAGCCAGAGUGACAGUGAUGUGUGUGUUUAUGGCCAUGUUUGAAUAGAAAAAUCCACAGAAUCUCACACAACCAUUUGAUGACAGAUGCAGGGUUGAGGUGUCAGUUACAGAGAGCGUUGUUUGACUCUGAGUAUAUACAGUACUGGGCAAAAGUUAGAGUUGGUGUUUACAUCUUUGUCUAAAUUCAAAUUUAAAUCAAUUCCAAAAAAACAAAACAAAACCAGAACUGCAGAGGCCACAGCAAUUUUCUUUGUAGACCAAAACAUCUGGGUUGCGGGCUGCAAGUGGGGCCAUGAGGUCACAGGCAGCAGGGCCUCACUCUGUGGUCCAGUCAGGCUGCUGGACCUGUUCUUCUAGGGAAGGGUACCAGGAGACCCCCAGGACUGUUGACAAAUUAGCUGUGAUGUUUACACCAGAAUACAACCUUCAAACAGUGCAUCGUGCCACCUUCAGAACACAGGGUGGCCACGAGGUUUAAAAGAAAACAUCACUUUAGGAGCAUUAUAAAAGCUACAGCCGGUGAUUAAAAAAAAAGUCUGCUUUAGUUAGCGAUCUUGAUCUUAAUUUAUGUGAAAUCUAAUGUUAUUCCAAAACUGAAACAUGAAAAGUGAAUACUGACCACAGAUCAAAGAUGUGCAACUCUCCAGUAUAUUUCGUAAUAAACUCGUCCAGAGUCUGUGUGUGUUUCUUGUCAACCGUGGCCAUGUAGCUUUGAAGGGUCUUGGGUUUGAGUCCAGCAGCACAGGAGCAGCUCACGUGCCAAUUUGAGUCCUGUUUUUGAAACAUAUUUAUUCCUCAGCUGUUGUAAAUGACCUAUUUUCUAUUCAGUCUUGUUCACGUACGAUUGUUUGUUUUAUUUUCUCUCUCUUCUCCACGAAUCGUCCUCCAUUGAACCCAUCCGUCACAGCCGUGCAGUUCACAUAUCACACCUUUGCCCCACGUUGCCCCUUUACUUUGGUAUGACUAUUCCCAGCUGAGAUUUCUGUUGUACAGUAUGACUGAGUUGUAUGAGUUUUGAAGAGUCUGUGCAAUUUUUGUACAAAGUGAUGUACUUGACAUACUUCUUUAUAUUUCUGUGAAUAAAAGGUGAACAAAC